AAUUUUUUUCCAUCAGUUGUAGAAUGGCCAUUCUGAAAACAAUAAUCAGUGAUUAAUAUAUGUUGGUCAUUCCUUGUUUAGAUCGACUACAUCCAGCUAUAGCGAAAUAUAGUAGCGUCGAGUUCCGUUUGGAUUUGAUUAUGACCUCUGAUUCGAAUAAAGAAAAUGAGCUGUCUAAGUAUAUUAAAGAGUAUACACCGGGCAUUAUCGAAAAAGAAGUCAGCUAUGGCAAGCAGUUCUCCGUCACAAAAAGCGAAAUCGAACUAGAACCCUUACUGAAACCAAACCCACACCGUUUCGUCCUUUUCCCCAUAGAAUAUCACGAUGUCUGGCAUUUUUAUAAGAAGGCUGUAGCUUCUUUUUGGACUGUGGAAGAGGUGGAUUUGUCCAAAGAUCUCAUACAUUGGGAGUCGCUCAAGGUUGGGGAACGUCAUUUCAUAUCCUACGUGUUAGCUUUCUUUGCGGCGAGUGACGGAAUUGUACUCGAGAACCUCUUAGAACGCUUCAGCCAGGAAGUCCAGAUCCCAGAGGUUCGUUGCUUUUAUGGAAUGCAGAUAGCUAUCGAGAAUAUUCACUCUGAAAUGUACUCUUUAUUAAUUGAUACAUACAUCAAAGACUCCAAAGAAAGGGACUUUCUCUUCAACGCCAUAAGCAACUUAACUUGUGUUGCAAAAAAGGCUCAGUGGGCAUUAGAUUGGAUUGGAGAUUCCAAAUCUACUUUUGCAGAACGUUUAAUUGCUUUUGCAGCAGUGGAAGGUGUUUUUUUUUCUGGUAGCUUCGCAGCUAUAUUCUGGCUUAAGAAACGGGGUCUUAUGCCUGGACUGUCUUUUAGCAAUGAAUUAAUCAGUAGAGACGAAGGACUACAUUGUGAUUUCGCUUGUCUAUUAUUUAAACAUAUUAUCAAAAAGCCUUCGAAAGAACGUGUUGAGUCAAUAAUAAGAGAGGCGGUUCUAAUAGAACAGGAGUUUUUAUCAGAAGCUCUACCAGUCAGCUUAAUUGGAAUGAAUUGCAAACUGAUGUGUCAGUACAUUGAAUUUAUCGCAGACAGGCUACUAGUUGAACUUGGUUAUGAAAAGAUGUAUCAUUCUGACAAUCCUUUUGACUUUAUGGAAAAUAUAUCGAUCGAAGGAAAGACAAACUUUUUUGAGAAGCGAGUUGGUGAAUAUCAACGUGCUGGUGUCAUGUCUCGAGCGAGAGGCGAAUCAACCCAUAACUUUUCUGUUGAUGAAGAUUUUUAAUAUGCAUUUAUAUCUUUAUAGAUCUUGACCAGUCUUAUCCGUACUUGGUUCUCAGGGUUUCAUAUCUGGGGCUGUAAACGCUCUGCCAAAGCGACUCCAGUACUCAAUUUGUUAUGAGGUAUUUUUGACUCAUUAGUUUUCUCGCUCUGUAGUUACUAAAUAUACUUUUCGAGUGGUUAGUCA